AUGGUUGGAAGAAUGUCACGCAAGAAUAAACAAUUGUCACAAGUGACAGGAGGAAACCAAGGGCCUUCACAGCAGAAUCAAAAUGGGGACCAGCAAAGAACACGGCAUAGCUCUACCAGUGUUGACUUGUCACAGUCUGCUCUGGCAUCACCUUCAAGCAAUUCUGCAACCUUUGAAGCUUUUGAUUGCUUUAGCACUGGCACUGGCACUGGUGCUGAUGCUGGUCUCUACGGCGAUUCGACUCUUGGAUCCAACAGGUCAAAUGAUUUCCAAUCAGGUCUGAACUUUGACUUCAAUAUGGAUCACAUGACACUCGACAUAAUAGACAUGGACGGCGAUUCAACAAUACACGCCAGCGGAGGACCACCACAACAAUUUCCUCCUAGCCCAGAAUAUUCGAGCUCUUCGGUAGCUGCAUCCUUGGCAUCAGCUACAAGAAAAAUCCAGUUCGAUGGUCGCCAAUUUCCUCAUGUUGCCGCACUAUCCAAGAUCAUACUCAUACUCGAACACCACGUCCGAUCCAAAACACAUUCCAUUGACGAAAUUCUGCGCGUUAACAAAGCAUGCUUGACAGACCUAGCCACUAUAAUGGACCAGGAGGAGUACAAAGCUUGUCGUAGCUGUCACAUGACUGUAUGUUCAGUGCUGGAUCUCAUACUGGUACUAUUUGAAGGCAUGGUUCAAGGCCAGGCAUGGAGUCAUCAACGAAACUCAGCAACGACAUCACCAAUUUUGCAGUUUGGCGUGUUUGAGCUGGAUCCUGAGGAGCAGGUCUCGAUGACAAAAAGAAUACUACAUAAGGAGGUGCAGCGAGCUUUGAAGAUUGUUCACGAAUUCUCUAAGGAUGUUCGUGGAACUGGAGCGGAUGGGCAAAAAAGGCUCGUUGCUCAGAUGUGCACCUUGUUUUUGAGUAGGGGUGAACUCCUUCUAAAAGGUCUAGACAGCGGAUCUACUUAA